AUGUUACCCGACGGCUGGUUUUACAUUCGAUCUACUGGCACUGGAAAUGUUAUAUCAGCAUCAACCAGCACUGAUGAUUUACUUCGAUCACAAGUAUUGGUGACUCCAUCAACAUUGUCUGACCAUGAAUUGUGGUGUUGGAAAGGUCAAUUUCUAUCAAACAAAGCAAAUGAUUUAGUUCUUGAUAUUCGCAAAGGUCGUUUGAGAUUGAUUGAAGACACCGAAAUCUGUCUUUACAAGACAAAACCCUUGGAAGAAGCCCAUAAUCAACUUUGGGGUGUUCGACAAGAUGCUGUGGAUGCUUAUGGUAGAAAAUUACCUGGCUCUUACAUCUAUUCACUUUGCAGUAACGAAUGGGUACUGGAUGUUCAACCCGCUUGUGAUAAUCAAAAACUUGUUUUAUUUCCUCUUCAGCCUAUUGACAAUGAUAAUCAACGUUGGUUAUUUGUACCUGAAGGUGAAUUAGAUUUAACUAUUCCUAUGACACAAGUCCUCGCCUCCAUCUCCACCACCAUUUCUCCUUCAAAUAGCACAACUUCUUACUUUUCUUCAAAUGAUACGAUUAUUACUCCACCUGGCUCCGUUUCUUCUUCACCUAGCUCAAAUAUGGUCGAAGCUGAUUUCCCCAGAGGACUCACUCCUGCUAAGCGUGGAUCUCAUUCUGCUAUAUUUUCCAUGGAAACAUUUAAAGAGUAUCAUCAACGUGUCUAUACAAUGAACGAAUCCUGCGUCAGUGACAAGGGAAUUGCAAUGGCUUCUGCUUAUCAAAUCUUUCAAAACUGGAAACUAGAUCAAAUCAGUAGCGAUAGCAUGACUGGUUUUCCUUUAUCUUCGUCAGGUGAGGUGCGUUCUAGGUUACAGUUAUUGACGCAAAAUGAAGUAUCAAAACUAUUGAGUCAAUCAACCAAUAACAACAAAGAAAAUACAACCACCCUCUCAAGUCGAUUAAUUGCACAAUUAUACGAUCAAACACCCAUUUCACCAUAA